GGCCGCUCGGUGGCGGCGGCGCCGGAGGAGCCGCGCGGGCCCGGCCCCCCCGCUGACCACGCCCCCUCUGCCAUGGCCACGCCCCCCCAGCCAAUCAUCGUCCUGGAUGACGACGAGGAGGAGCGAGGCCCCGCCCCCUCCCCGCCAGGCCCCUCCCCCUCGCCGAGCCCCGCCCCCAGCCCCGCCCCUCCCCCGCCGUCCGCCAUGGCCACGCCCCCCCCGAACGGGCCCGGGGGGGGGAGGGGCGGGGCCUUCUGGGAGGAGAACGAGCGGCUCUUCCGGGAGUUCCUGUCCCUGUGCGCGCCGCUGACGCAGGAGCACCCCGAGGUGCUGCCCUUCCUGAGCGCGCGCCACCUGCGCGCCCACCCCGACUUCCGGGGCUCGGCCGAGUUCCGGAACAUUCUGGGGCGGCUGCUGCGGCGCGUGCGGGGCCGGCGCCGCAAGGUCUACGUGUACAUCAACGAGCUGUGCACCGGCUCCGGCGGCGCCGCCGCUGCGCCGCCGCCGCCCCCAAGGCGCCCUGCCAAGACCUGGGCUCCCGGCCACAAGACCUGUGUCCUGAUGGAGUGUCGCAGUGUCCCGAUGGAACGUCCAAGUGUCCCGAUGGGGCGCACCUGUGUCCCGAUGGGGCGCACCUGUGUCCCCAGGGAGUGUCCCAGUGUCCCUGAUGGAGCAUCCCAGUGUCCUCAUGGAGUGUCCCAGCACCCUGAUGGAACGUUCCAGAGUCCCCCCAGUCCAUCCCAGUGCCCUCCCAGUCCAUCCCAGUGCCCGCCCAGUUCGUCCCAGCAUCCCGAUGGCGCUGAGCCAUCCCAGUGCGCCACCAGUUCAUCCCAGUAUCCCGCCGGGGAUCCAUCCCAGUAUCCCAAUGGUUCAUCCUGGUGCUCCAGCGCCUCAUCCCAGCAUCCCAGCAACUCAUCCCAGUGCCCCAGCAGCUCCUCCCAGUGUCCAAACGCCUCGUCCCAGUAUCCUGGCGAUUCAUCCCAGUGUCCCAGCGCUCCAUCCCAGUGUCCCAGUGCUCCUGGGGGUUCAUCCAGCAAUCCCAGCGCUCCAUCCCAGUGUUCCAGCACUUCAUCCCGGUGUCCCAGCGCCCCCUCCCAGUGUCCCAGCGCCCAAGCCCAGCACUUGGAGCCCGCGGGCCGUCGCGCGGGCGGCUCGCGGCGGCAGAUCCGGCACCUGGAGCACCUGCUGCGCGUCUACGCGGGCGAGAUCCGGCGGCUGCAGGAGCGCGAGCUGGACCUGGCCGAGCUGGACAGCGCCGACUCGCCGUACCUGCAGGAGAACCGCCUCAAGAGCCGCAUGAUGCGCAUCUUCCGCCGGCUCUGCCCUGACUGCAGCAGCCUCACGGGGCGCGUGCUGGAGCAGCGGAUCCGCUUCCGCGGCACGCGGUACCCCGAGGUGAACCGCAGCAUCGAGCGCUUCAUCAACCGGCCCGACGCCUUCCCCGACUACCUGGCGGACAUCCUGCGCGAGAUCCGCGGCGCCAGCGCGCGGCACCGCCUGGGGCUGGGCCGGCGGCAGAUGGAGAACAUGGCCCAGGAGGCGUUCCGCGAGGUGGGCAACCGCCUGCAGGAGCGGCGCCACCUGGACCUCAUCUACAACUUCGGCAGCCACCUCACCGACGAGUACAGGCCGGGUGAGGGGGCAAAAUGGGGUAAAAACGGCAAAAAAUGGGAAAAAAUGGGGCACAGCUUCGGCAGCCACCUCACCGACGAGUACAGGCCGGGUGAGGGGAAUAAAUGGGGUAAAAACAGCAAAAAAUGGGAAAAAAUGGGGUACAACUUUGGGAGCCACCUCACCGACGAGUACAGGCUGG